UUGACGGGAGCGCGUCUGUCCGUGCGUCGAGAGAGUUGCAGAGUUUAUGCGUGAGUUGUUGCCGAGUUGCAGUGCUUAAAGUUACCAGCUUAUCGAAGGCCAUUUGCCCUCGUAGUGAAAUUCAGAUGGCUUCCACUGCACCGAAAUGGCUUUCCCCCGACCUCCAAGGCGGUCGAGUGCAACUUCGAAUGAACGACGGCAAUAUUAUCGAAGGCGUCGUUGUCGAUGUUUCCCUGAAGUCAUAUAAAGUCACGCUCGAUCAAGUUACAGUUGAGGAGAACGGCGUACAGCAGUCACUUGUUGGACAGCUCCACUUCUACGCGCAAGAAAUCUCAUCGUGUGUGGUGCUGGAGGGCCCGGCGCGCAGGAGAUACAUUCUGCAUCGAGACGAGGAUGGACCACGUUUGCUGAGAGUUCGUCCGUUACCUGCUCACCUUGAAAAACUGAAUUCAGCUCACAACAACAGGGAAUUAAUUUGCCAUCGCCAAGAAACUGACACCUCCGAGGUGAUCAAGAAGGGCAUCAUAAAGCUCAUUGGUACACCUGAUGACCUGCCAAAUCUACGACGACCAAUAGCUACUGAUUUUGAAGUCAUCGAUGAAGUGAAUGACCAGCUCAGUGAAGCAAUUGCAGCGAUAAGGAAGGAGCAGACUAUUUCCAUUGCAUAUGAAGGUGUGAAAGUUGGACGUCAUGGACAUCUUUCUGUUUUGGCGGUUGUAGCUUCAUCCAAAGUGUAUGUAUUUGAUGUCCAGAAAAUGAAGAAAGAUCUGUUUGACCAUGGAUUGAAGGAAAUAUUUGAGUCUGAUGGCAUCGAAAAGAUUAUCCAUGGUUGCCAAAACCUCUCAGAUUGCCUUCACCAUCACUACCAAGUUGGCCUCAACAAUGUGUUUGACACAAUGGUGGCUGACGUGAUGAUUUACUUCAACAAGGGGCUGGAAGCUGGUGAUUUCCAAUUUCCAAAAUAUGUACGUGGCGUCCAGAGCUGCCUUAAGACCUUCCUGAACAUGUCGUACGAUCAGCUGAAGUACACACGAUCAAGGCAGGGCAGUAAGGAGGAUCAAGCCUGCACCUGGGAACAGCGGCCACUCUCCCUGCGCCAGAUUGAUGCGUUGGUGAAGGAUGUUGUGUACCUUGGUGAGCUUGCACAUGUGUGCCUCAAGAAGAUGCUGCAAAAGUUCCGCAUGGGUGUGGAGUUCUUUCUUGGCCUGUAUCGAGACUGCAGUGAAGAGGAACUGCAAUGCUUGCCCCCGGAUCACAUUUUGCCCACGGGCUUCAGGGAUGCCCUCAUGCUUAGUGCCAUGCACGCGGCACCAUACAGGACUUGGAGAAGCUAUAAUGAGGGCUGCUACAGAGCACAUGGACAUCUUGCCAGAAGGGAUUGUCUGGAGCACGACACAGUCGCAACACAUGCAAUUCAGUGUGGAGUAUUGGAGUCCUGCACAGUGGUGAAGAAAAUCGAGGUUAUUGGAUGGCAUCGAGAAAACGGAGAGCAAUAUAUACCUGAGGAACCAAGAACACUAAAAGAAAACUUGAAGAAGCCGUCGUGGCAACAUGUGCUCAAAUUUGUUGCCGAGGCGCAAGCCGCUGUUCCUGAGGAGAGAGUGGCACGGUCCUUCAAGGGAUGCGGCAUUAGUGAUGCCCUCGAUGGCUCAGAGGACGCCGACUUACACAGUGGACUGACCGAUGUUGGAGAUGUGGUGCCGGAAGAGUGCAGCGGACUUCAAGCGGAAUGCUGCGACCUGUUUUUUGCAAGUGACUCCAAGGGGUCUUUUGGUGGUUUUGAAAGAGAUUAA